CAAACGCACGCGAUCAUUUAAAGGGCGCGCCGGGCGGGAGCUGCUGCGGUUAGCCGUUAGCUUAGCUCAACACGAACAGCAGAAACACAGAGGAAAACUGAUCAUUACGGCUCAACCAGUGAGUUAAUCACACAGAUAGAGCAGAUAUCAGUCUGGUAUAUGGCUCUUUGCCCACGGCGACACUCCCUUCAGGAUCAACCCACUUAAUAACAACACGUUGUCCUGGAGACAGAUUCUCCGUGGAGAACAUUUCCUGAAUGUUUCCCUGCAGCGCAUUCCUCCAGCGAGGCUCUGGAGAAGCCUUCAGUGGACACCAUGCAUCAGCGGCCAAAGAUCCACAUCUUCCUCGGCGCUCCUCCUCCUCCUCCUCCUCCUUCACCUGGUAUGGAGGAAGAGGAGGAAGAGCGUCCUGCAGGAUGGAGACACCUGGAGCUCACCUGGAAGGCGGGCCGUCUCCGACCCGCUGCAGAUGUUCCUGGGAACGAGGAUCAGAGUAAGGAGAAUCCAACAGAACCGGGUCGGGCCACAAGGUCUGCUAGAGGACGAUCUGAUGGAGGACUGGUGCCUGAAGCUCUGAGGACCGAGGAAGACUCAGAUGGUUCUGAGGAGGAUCUGUGUUCUGCUUCGGUCCGGGAGUAUCUGGACCGCUGUUUCCCUCUAGCUCCACCAGAACCAGAACCAGAGCAGCAGCCUCUGUCCACCAGAACCCAGUUCCUCAGCACCUGGACUCUCAGCCAGGCCCUGAUCCUGAGAGGAAGACACGCUGUCCAAUCAGCACUCAGCCCAGACGAAGCCCCGCCCAUUCCCCCGUCCGGCUCCUCCAGCACCCCGGAGCUGUUCAGCCCGGCCGCCUCGUCUCCUGGAGACUCCAUGGAGCUGUUCAGCCACACCUGUCCGGCCUCCAGGGCGGAGCAAGGUGGGGUCGUCGUGGAGGUCACCGCAGACGGCGUCCUCUGCUCUCAGGAGUCCGACCCCCAGGCGUCCCCCGCAUCGCCCCCCUGCAGCAAGAAACCACGACCCUCAGAGGAGUCGACGUCUGCAGCAACAGAGAGCUCCACCUCCACCACCCGUCUGGACAGGUGUGACCAGGUGGGACGCAGGUACUCUGUCCUGGUGGUGGUGGUCCACCCCUGCCAUCUGAAGGAGGUCCAGGUGCGGUCGGGUCCGUCAGCAGGAAGCCGCAUUCCUCUGGCCUCCAUGGUGGUGACGGACCAAUCAGGAGCCGAGAUGAAGGUGGUGCUGUGGAGGAGAGCGGCCUUCUGGGUUCUGACCGUGAGUCCUGGAGAGGUUCUGCUCAUCACAGGGCUGCAGGUGAGCGAGGACAGGUGGAGAGCAGAGACUGUCCUCCAGUCUACCUUCUCCAGCAAACUGCUGAACCUGGGACACGCCUCCACCUCAAAGCCAGUUAGCCAGCAGGUUAGCGCCCGCGCUCUCCGCUCUCUGUGUGGUUUCGUCAGAGUGCGGCGCCCCCUGCUGGUGUCCGUCCCCAGCCGGCCCCAGCAGGAUCUGAGCCGGCUCCCUUACGCCACCCUGAGGUCGCUGCGGGUCAACACGCUGGUUCACGCUCUGCUUCGUGUCACACACUCUCACAUCAGCUCAGAGUGGAGAGACGAGGCCGAGUCUCGGAACCGCUCUGCGGUCCAGAUGAAGGCGGUUCUGAUGGUGCAGCAGCCGGGCGGACAGCAGGGGGCGCUGCUGCUGUGGGGGGCUGCGAUGGACUGGCUGCCUCGCUUCAGUAAACACAAAGAUGCUGUGUGGGACUUCAGAGUGCUCCUGGUGAGGGAGGGUUUGACCUCUGACCUCUCAGAGCUGCACUCCACCCCCUGGAGCUCGGUCCGGGUUCUGGACCCGACAGACCGCCGGGCGCUGGACUUCCUGCGGGCGUGGCGCCGUCCAGGGCCAAGUGACGCGGCUCUGGAGCUGGAUGUGGACACGCUGUUGUCUCAGCAGUACAGCGGUGAGGUGGAGCUCAGAGUCCAGGUGCUCAGCUUCCAGUUCCAGGAGGCUCCGCCCUCCCAGAACCCAGCCCAGCCGGUUCUGGACAGCUCCACGCCGCGGGCCGGCCUCCUGGCGGCGCUGAGCGGUGACAUCACCUACACCGGCUGCGGCUGCUGCACCACCGAACUGGACACGGACCGCAACGGGAUCUACACGCCGUGCUACGCCUGCCUGCCGCUCACCGCCCUGCGCCGCUUCUACAGGCCAGGUGUGUUGACGGUGAGUGGGCGGGGCUCCGCCCACCUGACGGUCCGGGUUCCUCCUGUUCCUCUGCAGAAAAUCCUCCAAGCUCCUCCGGACCGACUCCAGCGCAGCGCAGCUCCAGGUUCUCAGAUGCGACAAGUCCAGGUGGCGGCGGAGAAGCUGCAGGCGCUGCUGGCUCUUCCCAGGAAGUGGGUGGUCAUCACGGUGCGGAGCCACUUCCUGUGCGACCAGAACAGCGUUCCCCUCAGUCAGGACUUCACUCUGAUGGACCUUCAGGUUCCGACCCGGUGAAGAACCCACCUGGUGGGCGGAGCUUACAGUCUCCUCCAGAGACAACCUCAGAGUGUUGGACACCUGAAGACAUGCAGGACGUCUGCGUGGGUCUGGAUCCUCAACACCAGAACCGACUGACGUGUUGGGAGACGGACUGGGAGAGAAUCAUGGAUCUGAGUUACCUGUUCCUCAUACAUACCUCUUUCAAUAACCGCGACAGUCUGGCCUGGGUUUCCCCAGGCCUCGUCACCUCCUCCCAUAGCUCCGCCUUCCUCCAUAGCUCCGCCUCCUCCCAUAGCUCCGCCUUCCUCCAUAGCUCCGCCUCCUCCCAUGGCUCCGCCUUCUUGCCCCUCAGCAAAGAGGCCUUGGAACCCGCUCUUCUUCAACCCCUUGUCUUCAUCAUCAUCUUUGUGAAAGACCUUU